GCGGGGCGCACGGACUCGGUCCAGGGCCAUCAUGGCGACCCUCAACGCCGUCGUCGAGCGCGGGUGCACGAUGCUCGUGCACUUCGACAAAGGAGUGAGCGCGUCGGAGAUCAAGGAGGCGCUCGAGACGGGCGGCGAGCACGAGAAAGCGGACGCGCUGAAGAAAGCCAUCGCGAUCCUCCUCAGCGGGGAACAAAUGCCGCAGCUCUUCAUCACCGUAAUCCGCUACGUCCUCACCACGGACUCGAAGCUCGUGCAGAAGCUGCUGCUGUUGUACAUCGAGAUCAUCGAGAAGACGGACUCCGCGGGGAAGCUCCUCCCGGAGAUGAUCCUGAUCUGCCAGAACCUGCGCAACAACCUGCAGCAUCCGAACGAGUUCCUUCGCGGGUCCACGCUCAGGUUCUUGUGCAGGAUAACCGAGCCGGAGAUCAUCGAGCCGCUGAUCCCGAGCAUACUCGCGUGCUUGGAACACAGGCACGCGUUCGUGCGAAGGAACGCGGUGCUCGCGAUCGACAGGAUCUACCAGCUCCCGGGCGGCGAUCUCCUCCUGCAGGACGCCCCGGAGACGAUCGAGCGCUUCUUAGAGCAAGAGGCGGAUCUGAGCGCGCGAAGGAACGCGUUCCUGAUGCUGUACAACAACGCGCAGGAUCGCGCGGUGUCGUUCCUCAUGGCGAACCUCGAGCAGGUGGCGAACUGGGGGGACAUCCUGCAGAACGUCGUCCUCGAUCUCAUCCGCAAGGUCUGCCGCACGGACCCGACGCAGAAGGGCAAGUACAUCAAGAUCAUCCUGAUGCUCCUCGGCACGAACAACACGUCCGUGAUCUACGAGUGCGCGAACACCCUGACGGCGCUGUCGUCGGCGCCGACGGCGGUGAAGGCGGCGGCGAACUGCUACUGCCAGCUCCUCGCGUCCCAGAGCGACAACAACGUCAAGCUGAUCGUCCUCGAUAGGCUCGCGGAGCUGAAGAACGACCACAGGCACGUCAUGCAGGAGCUCGUGAUGGAUAUUCUGCGCGCGGUGUCCACGCCGGAUCUGGACAUUCGAAAGAAGACGUUGGACCUCGUGCUCGACUUGGUGUCGAACCGAAACAUCGACGAGGUCGUCCUGACGCUCAAGAAGGAGAUCACGAAGUCGCAGGGCGACGCCGGGGAGAAGAGCGGCGAGUACAGGCAGAUGCUCGUGCAGGCGACGCACGCGUGCGCGGUCAAGUUCCCGGCGGUGGCGGGGUCCGUGGUGCACCUGUUGAUGGAUUUUUUAGGCGACGUCAACUCCGCCGCGGCGUUCGACGUCGCGAUGUUCGUCCGCGAGAUUGCCCAGACGAACGACGCGCUGCGGGACUCGAUCCUCCAGAGGCUCCUGGACUCGUUCUACACGAUUCGCUCGUCGCGCGUGUGCGGGACGUGCCUGUGGAUCAUCGGCGAAUACUCGCAGAGCGCGACGCAAGUCGAGGAGGCGUUCGCGUGCGCCAAGGCGUCGCUCGGCGCGACGCCCUUCUUCGAGCCGCCGCACGCCAAGGCGAAGCGAGAGCGCAGUCCCGGGGGGGGUAAUUCGAAGAUCGCGGCGGUCACCGCGGGGGUGAAGAACGUCGUCUUGGCGGACGGCACGUACGCGACGCAGACGGUCGUGGCGGACCAUCCGUCUGCCGCGGUCGGUAACGCCGUCGGCGCGGUCGCGCCGAACCUCCGUUCGCUUCUGCUCGCGGGCGAUUUCUUCCUCGGGAGCGUCGUCUCCACGACGCUCACGAAGCUCGCGCUGAGGUACGUAGAGACGGCGCCGGCUGCGGGGAUCGAACCGGAGGCGAUCAACAAGCUUCACGCGGAGUGCAUGCUGUACAUCGUGUGCAUGCUGCGGCUCGGGAAGGAGGGCGGCCUACCGACGACGAUCGACGACGACUCCUACGACCGCAUGAUGCUGUGCGUGAAGACGCUCGCGGAGCCGGAGACGCAGGACCGCGACGUGUGGCUGCGGUCGUGCAAAGCCGCGUACGAGGGUCUCAUCGUCGAUCGCAAGCGGCAGGCGGAGGCGCUGGACGGGGAUAAGCUCGGCGAGAAGAUCGACGCGCAGGCGGACGACCUCAUCGACUUCACGCAUCUGAAGUCGCGAAAGGGUUUGUCGCAGGUGGAGAUCGAGGACGCGGUGGCGACGGAUCUCAAGCGCGCGACCGGGUUUCGAACGGAUUCGGACGCGCCCGAGGAGAAGAAGCUCAACCGCGUCGUGCAGCUCACCGGGUUCAGCGAUCCCGUCUACGCCGAGGCGUACGUCACCGUGCAUCAGUACGACAUCGUCAUGGACGUCACGGUCGUGAACCGCACGCAGGAGACGUUGCAGAACGUGUGCUUAGAGCUCGCGACGAUGGGGGACUUGAAGCUCGUGGAGCGGCCGCAGAAUCACACGCUGGCGGUGGGCGAGACGAAACAGAUUCGCGCCAACAUCAAGGUGUCUUCCACGGAGACGGGCGUCAUCUUCGGGAACGUCGUGUACGAGAGCGCCAAGUCCGACCGCGAGGUUGUCGUCCUGAACGACGUGCACAUCGACAUCAUGGACUACAUCUCCCCGGCGUCGUGCGGGGACACGGAGUUCAGGUCGAUGUGGGCGGAGUUUGAGUGGGAGAAUAAAGUCGCGGUGAACACGUCCAUCACGGACGUGCGAGAGUUUCUCGAUCACGUCGUCGCGUCGACGAACAUGCGGUGUCUGACGCCGCCGAGCGCGCUGGAAGGGGACUGCGGCUUCCUCGCCGCGAAUCUGUACGCGAAGAGCGUGUUUGGCGAGGACGCGCUCGUGAACGUGAGCGUGGAGAAGGACCUGAACGACGGGAAGGUUGGGGGGUACAUUCGGAUUCGGAGCAAGACGCAGGGCAUCGCGCUGAGCUUGGGAGACAAGAUCACGCUGAAGCAGCGCGGUCCGGAUCCCAAGGACGGGAAGUAG